AUUCAUGGAGAGGUAUGCACUCAGCCAGCACGUGCUUCCCUCGUGCAGUGGAAGGUUGACCUAUUUUGGAACACAAGAUGAUGGUGCACAUCAAAGAAAUCCAAUUCUACCAACCAAUGGGAGCUCUCGGUCCGGGCCACGUGACGGAGAGGAUGACGAGUCCGCUGAAGACGUCAAGCUUCAGAAGAACGUGGGACUGCUAAGUGGGGUCACUCUUAUUGUUGGGACCAUGAUAGGUUCGGGUAUAUUCGUGUCUCCCCGCGGCGUCCUCAUUGGCUCGGGUUCGGUCGCUAUGAGUCUCAUAGUGUGGACGGGAUGCGGAAUUUUGUCAAUGAUGGGCGCACUCGUCUAUGCUGAGCUUGGUACAGCCAUUGUCAAAUCCGGAGCAGAACAUGCCUACCUACUACAUACGUUCAAGCCAAUGAAUAGAUGCUGGGGGCAGGUGCCCGCAUUCCUGGUAGCCUGGCUUGGUAUCUUCAUCAUCAGACCAUCCAUGUUUGCCAUCAUGGUGCUCAGCCUCGGAACAUAUGCAACCCAGCCUUUCUACACACCGUGUGAAGCGCCACCCCUCGUCAAGAAGCUGGUAACAUGUGCAGCCAUGUUGUUAAUCCUGCUGAUCAACUGCGCCAGUGUUAAAGUGGCAACUAAGGUACAGGACAUUCUGACCGGAAGUAAGCUUGUCGCCAUUGCCAUAAUAUCUAUAGGUGGGAUCUACAAGAUAGCUACAGGUAGUACGUCUUACAUAACUGAGGGCUUCCAGGAUACAGAGAGUAACCCGUCCAUCAUCGCGCUGGCUUUCUACAAUGGCUUGUGGGCAUAUGACGGCUGGAAUAACCUCAACUUUGUCACGGAGGAAUUAAAGAAUCCGGAAAGAAAUCUACCCAGGGCAAUAUUACUCGGCGUCCCACUGACGACCAUUUGCUACGUGCUCGUUAACAUCGCCUACUUUAGCGUCAUCUCCAAAGAGGAAGUCCUGCUCAUUGAUGCCGUAGCAGUGACAUGGGGUAACAAAAUUCUUGGAGUUAUGACGUGGAUCAUCCCCGUGUUUGUCGUCCUGUCCUGCUUCGGCUCAGCCAAUGGGUCGCUGUUUGCAAGUGGGAGGUUGUCCUUCGUGGCUGCCAGGGAGGGCCAUCAGAUGCAGAUGUUGUCGUUCAUCGACAUACACCGACGCACCCCAGUUACGGCCCUUAUAUUUACGACAGCUGUGGGGAUGCUGAUGAUUCUGCCCAGUGAUCUCAGUACACUGAUCAGCUUCUUCGGGUUUGCUGCUUGGCUGUUCUACGGCCUCACGUGUGCUUCCUGCAUAGUGCUACGGUACACCCAGCCAGACCUGCCACGUCCAUACAAGGUUCCCAUCGUCGUUCCCGUCCUGGUGGUGUUGGCAUCAAUAUAUUUGGUCAUCGCCCCCAUCGUCCACGAUCCCCGGAUGGAGUUCCUGUACGCGCUCAUGUUCAUCGCCAGCGGGCUGCUUCUUCUAUUUCCCCUUCGUCUACUAUAAACUGUCUGUACCCGGCGUCGAUUCAUUCACUAGAUUUGUUCAAAAGCUUUUUCAAGUGGCGCCCCCACACUCGGUUCACAACCACUGACGUUGAGUGUUCGAGGUGAAGGUCACGGAAAGGUGAAGGUCAACGAGGGAUGUUCACAGGAGCGAACAACGUCAUAAUAUUUAAAAUAUUUACAGCGUUGUGAAUUGUUUCAAAGCAUCAUGACAACUGCAUAGGCAUCGCGAUCACCGGAUCAUCUGGCUGUGUAGUUUCCAUGAUAGUCGUGCAUCUUUGCUACAGUAACAGUGGCGGAUCCAGAGAGGUGGGGUCGGAACACAACACACACAAAAAAACAAAAAAAACACAAAAAACACACACACACACACACACACCACCCCAAAAAAAAAUAUUGCUAAAAACGGCGUAAAACUAAACUCAAUCACUCCAGUUACAUCACGGCAUGUCAGUAUGAUGUAGUGAAUUGUCGUAAAUGAUGCAGGCGUUAGGUGUUUACGUCUGCGGUGAAGCCCACGAGUGUAUGGUGCUAACAAACCAAGACACAUCAGGGGCUAAUUGGGAUUCGAUCCCACGAUCAUGGGUUUAUGGCACACCGAAGAGGCGAAACUCCCUCCAUCCACCCCUGCUUUCCAUUGUGAUCACUCGCUUAAACUGUGUGGGAGAAUCAUCUGUGCAUAGAUGAACCCCAAAGAACAUCCGGCAAUCUGCCGUCGUUAUUGUUAGAAUUUUCAUAACAUUUAUUCUACAAAGAAGACACUUCUGGCGUAGCGGGUGAAUGAAAGCAAGGGAAGUAACCCCACAUGUAUUCCAUAUAGCGGACAUGUGAUUCAACAAGUGUAUUUAGAUUUACCUCCCCUGUUCCUUCACUCCGUUUACGCUACAGCUUGCCUGUGCCUGGUGAUACAGCAGGAAAGUGUCGAAAUACGCACAGACCGUUAAGCCAACUGCCCUUUAAAUACCUAUUUCCUCUAAUACGCGCCGGAUCUCUAGUAAGCGCCUGCCUCCAAUAAGCGCAUGAGAGUAAAGCAACUGUUCAAGAAACAAGCGCCGGGUAUCGAGUAAGCGCCGGGUGUGCCACAUGUUUACAAUGGAGUUUUCAAAUAUAAUACCAAUAAAGAAUCUAUAUUCAUUUCCGUUGAAAAUUUAAGCGCGGGGCCUCCAGAAAGCCGGCCCCUAUUAACCACAGGGGGUGAGAGUUUGCUGAAUUAAUAAGCGCCCGGGCACUUAUUAGAGGAAAUACGGUAAUAUGUAUUCCUAUGUGCCUUUACUUGUGUAUAUUGUCUCGUGUGGGAAAUCGGUCAUCUAUUCAUUCACGCUGAAGGAUUUACGGCACGCCGUACACUACCAACGAAUGAAAUGUAACAAACAGAAUACAUAAAGUCUUUUCUCAGGGGCAGGUGCGAUGUCUGCUGAAUUUGUUGAAUGGUUAAGGUAUCCAUUGUAACCAUCCUCGGUCAUCAAGGGAAUUAUAUCGCCAUUGUGUUUUGGUAAACACUCCAGGCCUAUUCUGUAUAGCUUUGGUUCUUUAUAGCAAUUUCAUAGCUUUUUUGGCAGAAUUCACAUUUCGUUCAUGAAAAUAAUUUGAUAUAUUUUAGUGUCAUGCCAUUCCAAUCAGGGGAAAAACGAAGCCAUGGUGGCGUAGGGGUCAAGGACAUUUUUUAAUACGGAAUGGUAAUAUAAUACACUUGAUAAAAGAGGAUGGUUCACAAGUCGUUUGUUAUUUUAAAACUACUCUGUAUAUACUUAUCAUAUGUUAGUACCAAACAUUUGUUUGUGUUUUAUUCCCAUCUUGUAUAUAACCAUCUUGCUGCAUCUCAUUCAGGGGGACCCUUGGCAGAUUAGGUCUCCAGUACGUCAUGCUUGCAAUCACCACUUGCUGCAUCUCAUUCAGGGGGACCCUUGGCAGAUUAGGUCUCCAGUACGUCAUGCUUGCAAUCACCACCAACUUCCAUGGGUGUAAGGCUGUGAUCUGGCGGGUGUUUGUAGACAUCGUUUUGUUAUCAUCAUACCCUCGUUCUUGAUCACUUUCAGACAGUCGUCAUUUAGCUGUAAUAUUGCGUGGAAGAUAUGUUUUAAACUGCCGGGCAGAGGAAUGUAUGCACUUUAAAAGGACUUGACCAAAACAUUCAAAAGGUCACCGCAUCAUUGCAAAGUACAGGUCCAACAUUUAAAUAUAAAAUACAUGAUGAUGCGAUAAAUGUCGUUUUGAAUCACCACCACACAAAGGUGUAUAUUUCCUCUGCACGGUAGUGAGCGUAAGAUUUAAUAAAUAAUUAUCACCCAC